UUCUAUAUCACCAUUAAAAUGACUUGCACUUUCGGUUUCUCAUGCAUUUAUACCACCUCCCCCCCUCUCUCUCUCCUCAAAACAAACUCUCUCUCUCUCUCUCACUCACUCUCCAAUGGCGGAAAACCGAUUCAAACACAAGCUCUCUCGCAUGUUCCGCGGCUCUUUCGGCUCGUGCCGAUCCCGCCACCUCUCCGACGUGAUCAAAAAAACCAUUCUCUCUCCUGAAAUAACCGACGACAACCUCCAUAGCUUCCACAUGACCGAGCCCAUAAACCAAAAUAAUGGUCAUAAUAACAAUCCUCCGUUACCAAAGCCUCGCCCUUUCCCUUCCAUUUGCAGACCCAAAUGGUCCGAACCCGUCACCGAAGUCGACCUCAACAACUGCAUCAAAUCCACCAUUGACGUAAUGCUCCCGAGGCCCAAGCUCUCCGAACGACUUUACCCUGUUUUCCCACUCAACCCGUUUUACGAACAGAGAAAGAAGAAGAAGAAGAAGGAAAACGGCAAGAGAAAUCAGUACAAAAAGAGCACGAAGAAAACGACUUUUAGCUCUUCUUCUGUUGACAGCAAUCUUGGCGGGGGGGGGGUCAGCAGCCGCGACGAAGAGAACGACGAGAGAGAGGCCGACGAGACAUCGGAGACUCUGUUUUCUUCCAAGAGCCUGUGUUCUUCCGACUCGUCGGAGGCUCGCCGGCGCCGGAGAUAUCGCCGGAGGAGGGCGAGUUCUGAAAUGGGUCUUGUCCCGUUGGAGGGAAGAGUAAAGGACAGCUUCGCCGUGGUGAAGAAAUCUAGCGAUCCGCACAAUGAUUUCAGGACUUCAAUGGUGGAGAUGAUCGUUGAGAAGCAGAUAUUUUCGGCCAAAGAUCUUGAGCAGCUUUUGCAGUGCUUUCUCUCUCUAAAUUCCGAGCAUCAUCACAGAGUUAUUGUUGAAGUUUUUACGGAGAUUUUGGAAGCUUUGUUCUCUAACUGGGGAUCUUAGAAGAAGAAGAAAACGCUCUUUGUUUUCUCUUCUUUAGUAUUUUUUUUUCCUGUUGAUUAGAAUUACUCUAACUUGUUAAUUGACUAGAUUAGUGGUUGGAUUAUUAUUAUCCACUGUUUUUCACUUUUUCUACUUUUCUGACGGUGUAUGGAUCUAUCUCAUCGUUGUUCUAAUG